AGUGCGUGUGUACUCCAUGGUGUCUGGUUACAAGAGUGGCUUUGGGAAUUCCCCAGGAAAACACCUACGCAGCCACACGUCCUUUUCUGGGCAAAGUGGACUACAUCAAGCCGCUCACAAAGUGAGCAAUUUGCACUCGUAUAAUGCUCCGGACAUGGAGGGAAUCUGAGGCUUGUGCAGCAGCGCGUGCCGCUGUUGUUUUGGAAUUCGUCCAGAAAAAGCUCAUCUUCUUCCCCUGAAAACAUCAACAGUGUAACACCGAAUUCUUCUGGAUAGAAGCGAAAUCGGUGCACUGUCGUGUCGAUAAAAAGUUGUUUGUUAGCAAAGGCAGUUUCUCUCUUUACGGGUGACAUCAUUACAACGGCUGUUUCAGACAUAAAUGGAGGGGUCGCAAGAUCUUCACGACGAAUCUCGGAGACAGAAUGCACGGCCUGGACCGAACUCCGCGAUGGAGAAACAGGGGGGCAUGGACGCUGUCCCGGAUGACUGGUGUGACAGCGGGCUGGACUCUUUCAGCGGAGUCGGAUUCGGUUUUGAGGGUCCCUUUGCUACUUACGCCGAGGCCGAGCAGAUAUGGACACCUGCUCCGUCAGGUGAACUCGAAAUCAAGACAUCUGCAGGCUGUUUUUUAAUUGGCGGCGGAGAGAGGCUCGAUUCAGCCCUUGGGGACUCGAUUAAUGACGAUGUGGUCGUUGGAAGCCUCUCAGACGGGAUCGGUACAAUGAUCCUGAGCGAGCUUGCAGGUACAGAUAGACUGGAAGUGUCAAACUCUGAGGAGGGUCGGCAGCGGAGGGAAGAAGAGCUCUUCAAAACGCGCAACUUUCUGUCAGAGGAUGGUGACACUGUUCUCCAUUUGGCGCUGAUUCACGAGCAAUGGGGCUUUGUUCAGUACCUGCUUGAAGAAAUUAAGUUGGACAAUAGCUGGACUCCAUACCUGGACAUUCAAAACGAACUGGGGCAGACACCGCUACAUUUAGCAGUCAUUGUAGACCGGAGUGAGUGUGUUCGGGCGCUUUUAUGGAGUGGGGCAAGUGCAGAGCUCCAAGAGAGGGGCGGUAACACACCUUUACACCUGGCUGUAAGAGAGCUUCGCACAGCCUGUGUGAGAGAGUUGACCAGCUGCCCACUGACCCCUCUAGUGCACUUGAAUGUCACUAAUUAUGCAGGUGUGAGUGCACUGCACCUGGCCGUGUUGAAGGGCGAUUGUGACAUCAUCAGAAUGCUGCUGGAGGCAGGGGCAGAUGCCAAUCAGCCGGAUCUAGGGUCAGGUCGGUCUCCAUUGCACUGGGCGGUAGAAGGUCAGAGGUCCGCAGUUGUGGAGUUACUAUUGAGUGCUGGUGCAGUGGUGAAUCAGCGCUCUUAUGCAGGCCACACCCCACUCUAUUGUGCCCUCUACAGACCUAACAAAGAGGUGCAGGCCCUACUUAGAGCCAACGGGGCCAUAUACACACAGGAGGAUGAAGAGGAUGAGUACAGAGAGAGUGAGGAGGAGGAGUUUGAUGAUGUCAUAAUUAAUGGACAGCGGGUUCUGUAGCUAUAUCGGACGCUACUCUGGCUUUAGAGGCUUUCAACUCCAGCUGAAACAUUGUGGUGUCGGAGUAUAUGCGGUGGAGGCUGCUGUGUUUGUGUGUGAUCAUAUGUAAUUUGUUUUACGGUACAAUAUGAUUUCAGAAUGCAGGUUUGGGUUCAAGCUGAUGGAGUUCAUAGAGAUUUAGUUAAGGUGGAUCCAGGUUAUAUGAGCUUUUAUUUAAAAGUGUCUAAAAACAAUACAAAUGGAGGCAGCUUUUCAUUUAGUAAAACCUCUCCUUCCACCGUGUAUAUGCUACACACGAGUGGCACAACUGUGAUUCUCUGAUUAGUGGGUAGAUUCAUUAUGAUCCACCUGAUUAUCACAGUGGCUUCAUUCUUUAUUUUUAAAACAAAAUUAUUAGCUGAUUUUAAAUGAGGAAAUUAAGUGAAAAUGAAUGGUUUUUAAUAAACUGGCUAUUGCUUGUUGUUACUUAUGUACCAAAAAUUGGAUGUUUAUUGAGUGCAGUGUAACUGUCUCUAUGGUGAUGACCCUUCUAACUAUUCAUUGUGUAUAUUUACAGGGGGUAGCUUUUUUUUCUUAUUAUAAUUUAGUAGCCAUGAGAGGUGGAUAUGUUGGACGGACUGUAGACCAGACAUGGAUGAAAGUGUUCUUUUUAUGCAUAACAAAGCAGAUGUCAAUGUGUUUAGUGCACUUUCAGAGGGAUAGUCACCUUAACAGCAGCACUGAAUCCCACAAUACACUAAGCCAUUUUACAACAACAAAUUCAGAACUCGAACGCACAGAAAUCGAAUCAGACUUAAAUUCCAGAUCUAGGGUUGUUCAUAUCUGAGAUUUGACCAACAGUGAGAUUAUCAUAUUGUUUGAAUUGUAAUGCAUCUAACAAACAUUCUAAAUAACCAGUGGUCAACCAAUAUCGCAGAGGCUGGUAAAUCGGCCGAUAUUUGGUAUUUUAAAUAAUCGGCUAUUAAAUUAUUUUUACAUUUUCCUGUCUGGCCGAUUAGUUUCUUAAGCUGCAACGACACAGAGAAUCGCCUGCUUGCACGCUAAGGAGUGUCUGAGACAUGUAAAUGACCAAUCACAGUUUUUGUUGUAACAUGCCAUCGUGUUACAAUAAAAAUAUGCCGGUGUGUAAACCUGCAGUAUAAUUAAAUGUCAUACUGACUGCACUGUAUAUUCAAGUUUGAUUCGAUCUUCUUUUGAAAUAAUCUGAUUACUAAUGUGCACAUACUGUCUGUGUUUGCUUGGGGUUAUUGCCUUCUUCCGAUUGUAUUACAGUUUCUUUAUGUGCAAACCAUUAAUAAAAUGGGAAGAAUAAACAGAAAUCAAGAGAAACUGCUAUCUACCGUCCAUAGUGCAUAAUUUUAGUUUUUAACCAUUUUUAAUUCUUCAAGUUUGAGUAAGCAUAAUGCUUAAUAAAAGUAGUUUUUUUUUUGCCAAUUUAUUUAUAUGUAAUUUACUUUUAUAUUAAAUCAUGUGAUAUAUUGACAAUAUAUCGACCUAUUGGACACCAUUCUCUUUGGAUAUCAACAUCGACCAUUAAAAAACCCAUAUCGGUCGACUUCUAGAAAUUACAUUACUGAACAGUUUUUUUUUUUUUUUUGGCUCAUUACAUAAUUUAAAAUAUUUGAAAGGUAUUUUUGCAAUUUAUAUAAAAGUAGUGAAUGGUGAUCUGUGUGAUGGCAUGAUGGUUUUGGACAUUUCCUGUCACCUAUUAGAAGGUCUGUUUAAGAUUUUCUGUUUUCUUUGGGCAGGAAAGUAUAUUUUUAGCUGAUAAUGAUUGGUGCCCUCUGUUGGUGAUAUUGUGUCUCCUGCUUUUUUAAAUUGGUACAGAUAUUCUAAAUCAGGGCUCCUGAUCUACCUUUAAUUGUCCUCUGUGAGUUGACUGUAUACUGUUGACAGAAUAAGUGUAGUCCUAUUUUAAAUUACAAGAUUAAUGAGAAUAUAUUAUUAAAGAAGGUCAGGCUUGACCUUGUUCUCUAGGAAACCAGGUCAGCUUAACAGGCAGGGAAAGACAGAAAAAACUGAGAUUUGCAGUUGAUUUUGGGGGCACCUGGAUUUUCCUUUGAAAGCAUCUAAUCUAUGUAUAAAGAAAAAGGCUACAAAGUGACAGAUGUUUCUCUCCUGUACGUAUUUCUCUUUACUUGGUGAUGGGUGAUGUGAUUUAUAAACCUCUUAAAACUAUUCAAAUGGACAAUAAACA